UUAAAACGAUGUAAUAAGCACUGCUAGUCCCCUUCCGUUGUUCUUACCGCGAUUUGGACCUCUGCAAACCCAGCACGAAAUCCCCCGAUCCCCCGAAUCCGAUCGAAGCUUUUCUUCCUCCUCAAUCCAAAUCUCGCGCGCGCUGCGAUGGCGGCCGCCGCCAUCUCCCACCUCCGCCGGGGCGCGCAGCGCCACGCGCUCCUAUACCUCUCGCGCCGCCACUUCUCCUCUCCGUCCUCCCUCGCCGCCGCAGCCCCGCUCGCCGCCGCCGCUCGCCGCCUUCUCUCUACGUCGGUGGAGUCCGGCACGUCCUCGAAGGCGGGAAGCUAUAAGCCCCCGCCCCUCGACCCCUUCCGCGCUGCCCUCGCUCCAGCGUCGCCGCCGCUGGAGUCGCCUCCCCUCGAGGAGCCACCCGCUACCCCGCCGCUCCCGGAGGUAGCUUCUGCGGCCGCGGGGCCCGAGCAGGAUCCGGUGGUUUUGCAGAACGAGCAAUUGGAGGGCCUGAAGGCAGGGCUGGAGGCGGUGAGGAGUAGGGAGGAGUCGCCGGAGGAGAAGGAAGCGUGGUGGUUGCUCAACCGCGCGGUCGUGAAUUACUGCGGCAGCGCCGUUGGCACGGUGGCAGCGAACGACCCGUCCACGGCCAACCAUAUGCUUAAUUACGACCAGGUCUUCAUCAGGGAUUUCGUGCCGUCUGCCAUCGCCUUCCUCCUCAGAGGCGAGAGCGACAUCGUGAAGAACUUCUUGCUGCACACCUUGCAGCUCCAGAGUUGGGAGAAGACAGUGGAUUGCUACAGUCCUGGUCAGGGGUUGAUGCCUGCUAGUUUUAAAGUCAGAUCCGUGCCUUUAGAUGGAAACAAUGAAGCAUUUGAGGAGGUUCUUGACCCUGACUUCGGAGAGUCAGCCAUUGGGCGGGUAGCACCUGUCGACUCUGGACUUUGGUGGAUAAUUCUACUGAGGGCAUAUGGUAAAAUUACUGGAGACUAUGCACUACAAGAAAGGGUUGAUGUGCAGACAGGCAUCAGACUAAUCCUGAAUUUAUGCUUGACUGAUGGAUUCGACAUGUUCCCUACGUUGUUAGUCACCGAUGGAUCAUGCAUGAUUGAUCGGAGGAUGGGAAUCCAUGGGCAUCCUCUUGAGAUCCAGGCUCUGUUCUAUUCUGCUUUGCGCUGUGCCCGUGAAAUGGUCAGUACAGAUGAUGGAUCUAAGAACUUGAUCCGUGUUAUCAACAACAGGCUCAGUGCUCUGUCCUUUCACAUAAGAGAGUACUAUUGGGUUGAUAUGAAGAAGAUAAAUGAGAUUUAUCGCUACAAGACUGAGGAGUACUCACAUGAUGCCAUCAAUAAGUUCAACAUCUACCCAGAGCAAAUCCCAUCCUGGCUUGCAGAUUGGAUUCCUGAUAAGGGUGGUUACCUUAUAGGAAACCUACAACCAGCUCAUAUGGAUUUCAGGUUUUUUUCUCUUGGAAAUCUCUGGGCGAUUGUUUCCUCUUUAGCAACUCAAAAGCAAGCAGAGGGUAUCCUGAACCUCAUUGAAACCAAAUGGGAUGAUAUAGUUGCAAAUAUGCCUCUCAAGAUAUGCUACCCUGCUCUGGAGUACGAGGAAUGGCGUAUUAUCACUGGUUGCGACCCCAAAAACACGCCCUGGUCGUAUCAUAACGGUGGAUCUUGGCCUACAUUGCUAUGGCAGUUCACCCUAGCCUGUAUCAAGAUGGGUAGGCCUGACUUGGCAAGGAGGGCUGUUGAAGCCGUGGAGAAGAGGCUCUCAGAUGACAAGUGGCCAGAAUAUUAUGACACCAGGACAGGAAGGUUUAUUGGAAAACAGUCGAGGCUAUAUCAGACAUGGACAAUUGCAGGGUUUCUUAGCUCUAAAAUGCUUUUGGACUGUCCAGAGAUGGCAUCAAUAUUAAUAUGUGACGAAGAUCUCGAGCUACUGGAAGGCUGUGCUUGUGGCCUGAGCAACAGCGCUCGCAUCAAAUGCUCCCGGCGUGCAGCCAGGUCUCAAGUCCUUGUGUAGUUCCAUAUACUUUUGCUUGACAGCCAAGACCUGCAGUGCUUCUUCUAAUUUACUGGACUUUUAAGACACAGAAGUUGGCACUUGUAAUCUCACCAGGGUAUCCACUUCAUAUGCCGGUUAUUUUGGCAAGUUGGUGGUCCCAUAAUCCAUCGAUACAAGAGUACACUGUUGUAUAGAUUUCACGUAAUCGCAAUUGUGUACACGAGGCCAAUUAACUCAAGUUGACUGGCAGUUUUAUACAGAUACUAUCAUGUAAAUAUUACCACUUGUAAUCAAUUUAUUCUGAUAUGAAACCGCGGACUCUGACAGUUG